AAGGCUUUGCCCUCACUCAACAUGGUCGCCUUCCGGUUUCGCUCUUGUUGGUAAAUUGGCUUUCUCGGCUCCCGUUUCUCUCCCCGGUUCUUCAAGUGCCCGGAGUAGCCAUGGCGGCCAUGAGUUUGUUGCAACGGGCUUCGGUCACUGCGGUGGCAGCUCUGUCUGGCCGCCGCCUUAGCACCCGACCUGGAUUCGGGGGCUUCCUCACCCGUGACUUUCCGAAGACUGUUGCUCCUGUUCGACACAGUGGAGACCAUGGGAAAAGACUGUUUAUCAUCAAACCUUCUGGAUUCUAUGAUAGGCGUUUUUUAAAUUUAAUGAAAUUCUACCUUCUGUUGACUGGGAUUCCAGUAGCAGUUGGCAUAACUCUGGUGAAUGUAUUCAUCGGUGAAGCUGAGUUAGCAGAAAUUCCAGAAGGCUAUGUCCCUGAACACUGGGAAUAUUUCAAGUUCAUUACAUUUGUAUGGGAAAUGGUGGAAUCACAGUAUUGCUGUUCCAUUUGUUACAGGUUAAAGGAGCUGGAAGUACGAAAAUUAAUGCGUGUCAGAGGUGAUGGUCCCUGGUAUCAAUAUCCAACUGUUGAUAAGGCAUUCAUUGAUGUUUCUCCAAAGGCAACUCCUGAUAACUAAUCUUUUAUUUCUCUAAAUACAAAGUAUAUUCUCUGUACAGAAAAAUUAAUAAAUAUAUUCUGUAUUUUUGCUCUG